GCCCAGCUCGUGCAACACAUCACUUUCCGCACAAGAGCUUCCCAGGCCUUUGGGUCGCUCAAUCCUCAUGUUUUCGAGGGCGGCUACUCUGCCGCGCGUCUGCCUGUCGUGUCGCCUUGCGUUGGCGCGACACCAUGCGAUCCCUCGACUGUACAAUGGGGCCGCUGGCUCUGAUCGAUCACGGGCUUUUGCUUCCGAUUCGAACCGGACUGACAAGGACCGAGUCGAGGCCUUGAUAUCAGGUUCAUUGCCUCGCGGCAGCGAAGAGAGUGGUGUCAAGGACAUCAGCGGAAGGAGGAAAGCGAGACGGUCCGACGACGACGACGAGCCCGCUGCAUGGGAGUUGCCUCCACUGCACGAAAACGAUGCGCCGGGCCGGGCCAGCUCGGAAAUCCCAGAGAUCCCCGAGUUCAUCGAGGAGGACAACAUAGAUGCUACAACAAAGCCUGAGCAUCAGUCAACUUCCCCCCGGCGCGAAUUCCGUCACGACCUCCUCAAACACCAGAACCUCGGCGUCGAUGCGCUCGGAAGCCCGGUUGAGGCGCUUAUCCUCAAAAAUCCCAAUAGGAUGAGGAGAUCAAGAAAGUACCUUCAAACCCUCGAAGAUGCUGAGUCCAACACCGGGACACCUCUACGGUGGCAGGACGUGCUGCCGACAGAGCAGGGCCCCGAGUACGACUUCUCGGACGAGGUCUACCGCAACAUUGAGGAGCUCCGGCCGGUCGAUACGAAAAUCCUCCCGAGACGGGAUAUUGACAAGCUGUUGGACGCGCUGGUAGACGGGUUUACCAGAGAGCAACUAGUUGGCUACUUCAACAAGGGCAGCUGGGACGAGGAUCUGCAAUACUCGGAUGCGCCAUCAUAUGACUGGGCCGUGAAGCAGGCUCCGUGGAGGGCCGCACAACCCAACAAUUGGGGCGUACUCAAGCCAAAGCAACAGCAUGCGGUACUGAUUCUGACGACAAAAUGGGGGCUGGAGGUCCAGGAGCAAGUUGAAGGUUUAGGGCGAAGUCUCGUUUGGCUGAAGCCGAAGGUGUUCAAACUCAUCACCCAACCCUCAAACCCUGUACUCGAAACAGUGAGCGCGGGGCUCCUGGACAAGGCCAGCAACGAAAGGAUAUCGACGAGCCACAGCGACUCCCGUCUGGGGAUCUACGCCAGCAAGUACACGGUUCCUCUUAUACUUGAACGGAUAAACGAUGUCGUCAAGUCUAUGAAGACAAAGUCCAUUGAUAUACGCAACGUCGAGAAGAAAGAUCUUACCGAACCCGUUCUGCGGGAGCUCGAAAGAAUUACAAGCACAACAGUCCAUUGCGACUCGGGAAACAAGGAGUUAUCCGUAUCAUGGCUUUCUCAAGACAGCCAAGUCCGGACAGCUUCGCCAACAGAGGGAGGGUCAUUGACGAACACGCAGACCGAAGAUCCGGCGGACAUCGUGUCCCGGCUACUACAAGGGCGGCGACCUAUGCCCCAGCGGAGUGAAGCCCGAAUCAUCUCUUCUUCAACGAGCCCCGCCAAAGGCACCUUUGUAGAACACCACAGAGAAAAGAGAACCAUGUCUUGGAGAGACAAGAUGCGACAGUGGGCACGAUACGUCAGUCCCGUCGGCAAAGAGCCUCGUCCGGACAGCAAAUCUCUUGCCCUCGAGGAACAAGUCUCACUGUCGGGAAAGGCGUCGAAGAUAUCCAGCAGCCAAGCAACGACUCGUCUCACAGCCACGUUCGGACACAUUCUUCACACGAAUUGCAGCGUUGAGCCAUCACAGAUGGCCAAGAGCAGGCGCAUCCUCUCCCCCGUGGUGCCACACCCAGCGGCCCUGACGGCCAUCGCCGCCGACGCCGACAAGUUCGUUACUCAGUCCACCGCCAUUAUUCUCAACUUCGCGCCGGACAUGGCGAACGCGCAGACGCAGGGCGAUGAUACCCUGCCACACAUCCGUCUCACCCUUCCCGUGGACCCCGAUGCCGAUCUUUCGGCAUUCGCAUUUCCCCCCGACUCGAGCUUGGAGGCCCUCGUCCCACUCCACGUGCACGACAUCCUACUGCCAGACGAGAGCGUCGACGUGCGCCUCGUACAGCAACAGCUCGUUCCACUCGAUGCGCAGCAAGAAUCCCUCAAGGCCUUCCUCGCCGUGUCCGAUUUCAACCUCCUCGCCGGCAGGCUUCGCACACCCAGCCACGCAGCCUUUUCCGUCCCGCAGGCGUGGCUACCCAGCAGCAGGAGUGGGAAGCAAGGCCAGGAGCAGACCACCAACGUUCCGUACCUCUUCAUGGGUCUUGAGAUACACCAAAUCGUCGACUUGCAGUGGCGAGGCCACACCCUACGCUACAACAGCAUCGAGGCAGGUCAGCACGGCGGCCAGCGACAGGAACUCUCGCUUCUCACGGGCCCUCUUCCGGCUGCUGCUGCUGCCCCUAUUACUAAUACUACUACUACGACUACUACCGUCGCUCGCGAUCCUUCCCCCGAGCAACAGCCCUUUGAGUCCUUGCUGCAGCUCGCAGAAGAGGUCGCGGUGGGGAAGCACUUCUCAUGGGACGAGGGCUACAUGCUCAUGCAGGAGCGCUCUGAUGAGCAGUUCAGCUGGGAUCUACUUGACGACUCGUCCGGCCAAGAGGGUCUCGUCGACGGGGGAGAUUCCAUCGUCGAUGAAGCAGAAGAGGGAUCUGAUGGCCAUGGAAAUGAUGCGGCGUCGGAGGGGGAGCAGGUGCAAAGUCGGGAAUCGGAGUCGUUGACCGACGGCCGAUCCUAGGACGAUUGGGUGGAAGCUGGACAGGCGAUCCGGGCAUCCAUUAGGGGUGACGACGAACCGAGCCACACGACCCUGACGGGCCUCGUCAUGUAUCAUAUGGAGCUGUGUAUACUACGUAAUUGUACGAUGAGUAAGUGCAUGGGCAGACCUCAAUGUAGAUGGCAGGACGACAGGCAUUUCAAUGGCGACAAGACAUCGUCACACAGGCAUGCAUUGAGAAACGAG